AGGGUUUUCACUGCCGCGAAAACAGAGCAGGAACUCACUCUUUGCAGCAGAUCUCUCAGUAGCUUGCAUCUUCUUGAGGUGAGUUGUGAAGAUGUACACAUCAAGGAAGAAGAUCCACAAAGAUAAGGAUGCUGAGCCGACUGAAUUUGAGGAAUCAGUUGGACAGGCAUUGUUUGAUCUAGAAAAUACCAACAAUGAGCUGAAAAGUGAUCUGAAAGAUUUAUAUAUAAAUUCAGCAGUCCAAAUUGAUGUUUCUGGGAACCGCAAGGCCGUAGUUAUCCAUAUCCCCUACAGAUUAAGGAAAGGGUUCCGAAAGAUUCAUGUCAGGCUUGUCAGAGAACUUGAGAAAAAAUUUAGUGGAAAGGAUGUAAUCCUGGUUGCCACCCGGAGGAUAUUAAGGCCACCAAAGAAAGGUUCUGCUGUGCAGCGUCCCCGCAGCCGUACACUCACUACUGUGCAUGAGGCAAUGCUGGAGGAUAUUGUAUUGCCUGCUGAGAUUGUUGGAAAGCGUGUUAGGUAUAGAAUUGAUGGUUCCAAGAUUAUGAAGGUGUUUUUGGACCCCAAGGAGAGAAACAACACUGAGUACAAGUUGGAGACUUUUGCUGCAGUGUACAGGAAAUUUUCAGGCAAAGAUGUUGUGUUUGAGUAUCCUAGUACUGAGGCUUAGGUUCUAUUUUUCUGCUUUGAAUUUGUUUCUGAUUUACACAUGGUGGAUGAUGGUUAAAAUUUUGUGCAAGUUGGCUUUAAUUCUGGAUUUCCUUUAGAGACUUUUAGAAACAACUGUGGCCUGGUGGAUGUAGAAUUUGAUAAUUUUUUCUUAACAAAUCCAUAUUCCGUAUUUUAAAAUUUUUGUCAGUGUUUUGACCUGGAUUGGAAGUGAUUCUGUUUACUUGUAGGUUGGCAUAAUAAAAUUUGCAUUCUUCACCACCUAAACUCCAUUUCUAUGUUCUCGAUUUAAAUAACUUAUAAAAUAAGCUUCAUAAAAAUGCCCUCACAACUAACACAAGCAAUUGCCUUAUGAAAAUGGCUGAGGACAAGUUAAGAUAGGGCAAUUGCUUUUUGAAAUACAGUCAGCAUGGCCUUAUUUGGAGGUUAAAUAAUUAAUACAUUUAAACAAACAUAACCUAGUCUUCUUACUUCAUGUUGAGAAUGAUACUCCCUCUUUCUAUGUACUUUUGAGUUGAAUUUCUUUGUCAAUUGCAAGAUAGCUUUGUUUCAAACAUGUUUAAGGGUCAAAUUAUUUCAUUUUUUAUAAUGAUGUGACAUGGUAAAAGUCUUAUCAUUCAACAAAUUUAGCGAUACAUGAAAUUAUUAAAUUUAUCAAAUGUGACGAUAUAUUCAUUGACAAUAUAAAAUUCUUCAAAUCAAUUAUUAGAGUUAUAAUGUCUAUUGUUUAAAAAUGUACAUACAUAAGAUGAUUUAAUCAUGACGGAAAAAGUCAAAGGGAGUUGACGUAUAAAAUACUUCCCAGUAAGCAGAUACAACUUAGAAAGAAAAAAUAAAUAACACCUCCAAAAUAAUUGUUAGCAAGGAUUUUGAUAUAAAUAACUUGUUCAAAACUCAACUGUUGGCAGAUUAGAAUAUCAUCUCAUACGAUUAAUUCGUGUGACCAAACUUAAAAACACACUUCAGUUGUCCCAUGAACCAAAAGGACCCACUCCGAUGAUGGAUUAAAAUGUCAACGUAUGAUUGAUUCGUGUAGCCAACCCUAUUUAAUAAAAACAAAGACUUCUAUUGUCCCAUGAACCUAAAGAACAAUUACAAUUUUUUCAGUCAACAUGGAACAUCUCUUUCUUGUUCCUUAUUUCCAUUUUCGGAACCCCUAAUGGAGAUCCCAUAGUUAAACAUUUUCUUAUUUGAUUAAACUUUGCAUGUAACAAGUACAAUAAUAAUUUUUCUCUCUUUCAUGAAAAUUUGUUGCAGUUUGCAUCUAGUCCAUAGUCCGAGUAGGCCAACUCCGUUUUUUCACAAUAUCCCAGAAGACCCAGUAGAUUCACUAGACCAACAAAUAAAAAUAUCAUGAAAAAAUAGUAGUAUUCAUUUGAUAAUUAACUUAAAACCGAAACGUUUCUAAGAUGAAUAUCAUGUCAUCCUACAGUUACUUCCCAAAUUAGUUCAACCAUAAACCAAGCCCUUCAUUGUCCAUCACAACUUAAGAUCAUCAUGCUUAUUAUCAACUAUACUGCAAUUUGAGUAAAAUUAUAC